AUUAUUGUGUGCACUCCAGAAACAGCGUCGCGUCUCGUCCCCGCCGUGCCGACCCGGACGGCCAACCCCCCGGCCUCCUAUAUAUCCUCCUCGUGCUCCCAUCCAUGAUCCAUCUACCACCCAUCGUUCCACUCCAGUUCUCAGCCCACGCCUCCUCUCGGUCCACGGUCACACGGCGAUGGGGAAGAAGAACAGCAUGGCGGCGCCGCUCGCUCUCCUCCUCCUCGUCCUCGCCGCCUCCGCGCUGUCGUCGCUGCCCACGCCGUGCCUCGCCGUGACGUCGCCGUACGUGCGGCCGAGGGCCAGGGCGACGCUCUCCGUGCCCGCCCACGCCGACGCCGACGGCCAGACGCCGCAGCAGGUGCAUGUGUCGGCUGUAGGCCCUGACCAGAUGAGGGUGACAUGGAUCACCGACGACGACGCACCGGCCACGGUAGAGUACGGCACGGCUCCAGGCCAGUACCCAUUCUCGGUGACCGGAAGCACCACGGCGUACUCCUACGUCUUGUAUCAUUCUGGGAACAUCCAUAACGCCGUGGUCGGUCCACUGAAACCUAGCACGACGUACUACUAUCGGUGCAGCUCCGACCCGUCGCGCGAGUUCUCCUUCAGGACGGCCCCCUCAGGACUCCCUUUCAACUUCGUCAUCGCCGGCGAUUUGGGGCAGACGGAAUGGACGAAUUCCACGCUGCAGCACAUCGCCGCCGCCGACUACGACAUGCUGCUCCUCCCCGGCGACCUCUCGUACGCCGACCUGGACCAGCCGCGGUGGGACUCGUACGGGCGCCUGGUGGAGCCGCUGGCGAGCGCGCGGCCGUGGAUGGUGACCCAGGGCAACCACGAGGUGGAGAAGAUCCCGCUCAUCGAGCACCCGUUCAAGGCCUACAACGCGCGGUGGCGCAUGCCGUACGACGCCGGCGCCUCGCCGUCCGGGUCGAACCUCUUCUACUCGUUCGACGUGGCCGGCGGUGCCGUGCACGUCAUCAUGCUUGGCUCGUACACCGACUAUGACACCGGCUCGGCGCAGCACAGGUGGCUGCAGGGCGACCUCGCCAGGAUCGACCGGAGCAAGGCGUCGUUCGUGGUUGCGCUGGUGCACGCGCCGUGGUACAAUAGCAACGAGGCACACCAGGGGGAGGGCGACGCCAUGCGCGACGCCAUGGAGGCGAUGCUCUACGGCGCGCGCGUGGACGCGGUGUUCGCCGGGCACGUGCACGCGUACGAGAGGUUCACGCGUGUGUACGGCGGCAAGGAGGACCGGUGCGGGCCGGUGUACGUGACGAUCGGCGACGGCGGGAACCGGGAAGGGCUGGCGGAGAAGUACAUCGACCCGCAGCCGAGCACGUCGGUGUACCGGGAGGCCAGCUUCGGGCAUGGAAGGCUGCAGGUCGCGAACACGACGCACGCGCUGUGGACGUGGCACCGGAACGACGACAACGAGCCGGUGGUGACCGACCAGGUCUGGAUCACCAGCCUCGCGUCAAACCCUGCCUGUAACAAAAAGUGAUCAGAUCAGCAGCCGAUACAUAUAUGUUCUUGAUACAUGAUGUAUGUGUUCGGUAUUGGUAGUUACUAGCAAAAUUGCCCGUGCGUUGCUACGGAUUCUUCGUC